AUGAGGAGGACGAGUUCGACGAGAGCGUCCACGAGUUGUUCUUCUUCGGCGUUAAAAAAGACGACGACAAGGAUUAAGGGACAACAACAAAAUACAUUCUUCGCGGCGUCAUCAUCAUCGAGUGGACGACGACCGCCGGAAAAACACGAACGAAAACACACCGUCGAGACGAGAAGAAGAAGAGAUGAUGCGAAGAAGAAGGUGGUAGUGCGCGCGAUGCCACCACCUUCUUCAUCAGGACAUCCAGCGGAAACUCUUUUGGAUGAAUCCAGAGGGUUGUACGAGCAAGGCGAACGGAUGCAAGGGUACAAAAAGCUCGAACAAGCGAUGAAGCUCGACGAGGACGCUUCUCUUCCGGUGCGAAGAGAGAUUCGAUAUCAGGCGAUGUGUUGCGUGGCGGCGUUUGGAGACGUGGAAAUGGCCAAACAGUAUUUACGAGAGAUGGAAUUGUUGGGUUUACCGUACGAUGUGGCGAUUAACGAUCCGUCGUUGAUGAGGAUGGAGUCGUCGGCGUUGAUGCGAAACCAGUUGAAGAAGUUCGCGUCGGGAAGCGAGAAGAGUUUCGGGACGGUGCAAAGAGAAGUGUACGAGAGAACGAAGAAGACUUUGCCGGGUGGCCCAGGAGGAGACGCGCCGAUUGUGAAUAAAGGUUUGAUGGAGUUGGAGAUUGACGAUAACACAGACGCGUCGGUAGGUGGGAUCGCGAAGAGAGUCGGCGGGGUUGUAUUGGCGAGCAUCGGCGGCUUCGCGCUCUUGUUCUUCGCGGGGUUGAAAUUGAUCCAAGAGAGCGGAUAUUAG